CCUCAAGUACUACAGCCUUCCAGCAGCCUUCCCAGUUCCACAGACCUCGCCCAGGGAAAACUAAUAAAAAUGCCACAUAUCGAGGCCCACAGUGAAUAUCCUAAACAUGGUCUGCAUGAAAAUAGUAAUCAUCAGAAUCAAAAUGCUGCAGAUAUCUCUCUCACAAAUAGCCUCAAUAAUGUAAACUCUUUAGUGAGCAUACAUGUAAACAUGAAAGAUGAGAAUGCAUCAUAUUUGGAAAAUUUUAAAAACAAAAAUACUGAAGACCGUGGAGACGUGGCUAGUAAUAAAGAAGGUACAUUACUAUCUCGUUCCUGUUUUCAGACCUCCACACGAGCUGAUGCUAGAGAGGUGCAGACUGAAUUAGCUGUGAAAGGUCAACCCUCAUUCACAAACCAGGCUUCUCGGCCAAAGACUUUAAGAAUCGCAAAGCCCCCAAAUGCUUUAGUGCCUCCUAUGAUGGCCGUUCUCGCACCAUCUGCAAACCAUUCCGCUGCUUCCAAGGAAUGUGAGCUUCUACCAUUAAGUAGUUCGGAUCAACUACAGCCAACAUCUGGUCAGGAUAACCUAAAGGGUAAACAGAGUCAGAAAGUGUCUAAACUCCGCCCACCAACUACAUCUUUUGUCAAAUCUAAGCAAGUGAGCAGUCAAAAAUCCACACCAGUAUCCACAGAGCCUCAGAGCACCUGUUUGAAGACUAACAUCCCAAAGCCACUGGUACAGAGAAAGGAAAAUGUUCAAACACAGAAUACCGGUUUGCAUUCUGGGGAUAGUUUGUCCUCUAAUACGCAUUCCCGCCUCCCUAAACCAAAGACACACUGA